AGCGGAAAAAAAUUGCGGAUUUGCAAUUUGCGUACGUUUAUUAUUCAGCUUCAAAAAUGGCCAAAAGGUGACCCAUGUUCUUGCAUUUUUAAGAACUUUUACGUGAAAGUAUCGUUUAUAAACUGUAAAUUCGGAAUCAGAAGAUAUCAUGCCUCGUUCAAGAAGCAGGAGCUCAUCAACAGAGCGAAAAUCUAGCAAGAAAAGGCGAUCUCACACUCGUUCAAGAUCCAGAUCGAGAUCGCGGUCAAAAUCGAAGGCGCGGGAGAUCAAAAAAGACAAACAUGACAGACAUGAAAGAAAGGACUCAGACAGAUCGACAAAGGACAGAGAGCGGUCGGAGAGACACAAGAGUAGCAAAUCAUCUCGUCGUUCAAGAUCAAGAUCUCGGGAAAGGAGGAGACGGGAAAGAUCAAAAUCAAAACGGAAAACGCCAAGUCCUGAAAUUGAUAUUUUCGGCAGGGAUUUGAGCAAGCGAAAUGCUCACGAAGAAGUGCAGAGGAGACAAGAAGAAGAAAGGAGGGUGGAACUGGAAAGACAGAGAAGAAUACGCCAGCAGGAAAUGGAAGCCAAGCUGAUAGAGGAAGAGGUGACUCGGAGAGUGGAGGAGAUGGUGGCCCAGAGGGUGGAGGAGGAAUUGGAGAAGAGGAAAGAUGACAUAGAAGAGGAAGUGAGAAGGAGGGUGGAGGAAGCUAAGAAGAUCAUGGAGAAGGAGAUGAUGGAGGAGAUGGAGAAACAGAGGGAAGCUGAAUUGGCAGCACAGAAAGCUAAAGAGGAGGAAGAAUUGGAAAAACGAGAGGCCCUCGAAAAGAUCAUGCAUGAAAAUCAGCGCAAGAUUGAGGAAGCUCAAAGAAAAUUGGCCGAGGAACGCUUGGAAAUGGUCGAGAGGCAACGCAAAAUGGACGAGGAGCGCCAGGCGUUUGAGCGCGAGCAAAAGCGCCGUCACAAGGCCGAACAGGAGCUUAUCCUGAACAAAAAGAGCAGUCGCCCGAAGCUGUCGUUUGGCUUCAAGAAGACAGACCCAACGACCUGAGAAGAGGGCGCCCUUCUGAAAGUCGAUCCUUCGCUUUGAAUUCCGAGCGGUGGAGAAUCGGGUGCAACGAGCGGGUGAACGGCUCUUGUGAGUAGUAACGAGAUGUGUAAACAAUUGAUACAAUAGGUUGAAGUAUCACAUUAAGCAAAGGGGGGGGGUAGGGGAUCAAGUAUAAAAACAGGGUUAUGCUAGUAGGGAUUUGAGUAUUUGGGAAUUGUUCAGUAAUACAUCUUUACCAAAAAUUGCAAGAUUAACCGGAAUAGUGUACAUAUUUUGCAUGGAGAGAUCUUUAUGUGAAGUGGGUACUAAUGGAGACAAGUGUUUGAAU